AUGUCUAUUGUUCCUUAUAAUCCGAAUAAUGAAAUUGUUUAUCACGAUCCAACUCAUGGCCUUCUAGUUCUUCACAAUAAUCAGCAAAACACGUUACAAUUGUUAUCUACGAAUGGAAGAGUUGAGCGAUCAACAAAUAGCCGUCUGGAUACGGAACCUGGCUAUUCGGAUGAUGGUUACCAACGGAACCAUUUCAAGAACGGUCUGAAAAAUAGCGAACAGGAUCAAAUUGAGUGCCCAGCUUGUGGCUUCACUUGGUCGCACUUUGGUUCUUCUGAUGACAACGCAAGGCAACGUGCAAGAUUGAAGUCUAUUUCUAGCAGGGAUGGCUCUGGAAUAUUUUCAUCUAAUAAUUCCGGCAGAUAUAGACAUCAAAACUACUUCAAAUUACUAGGAGAGCUUCCUACCAAAGAGGAUUCUUAUGAAACACGUUCGCUUCCCAAAAAUAUUUUCAACCAAGGGUACUUCAAGAGGUUUUUCAAGAAAGUUCCGCCAUACAAUUUGGGCUCUGGUGCUCACUCGCAAGUCUACAAAGUAGUACAUAUGUUGAAUAAUAUUCAAUUGGGAACGUAUGCUGUAAAACGAAUAGUUAUUGGAGAUCAAUUUGAAUUUCUUGAGCACGUUUUGAAUGAAGUCUUGAUAUUAUAUGAAUUGUCUGUUAAAGGAGCGAACGAGAAUAAUUUAAUUACAUAUAACCAUGUUUGGUUGGAAUUGGGAAGUAUCGAUGAACUGUCGGUAUUUGUAUUACCAGCUGACUCCAAGUCAAAUGCGAAGAACUAUGAUACGAAAAUACCUUAUGUGUACAUUUUGCAGCAGUACUGCGAUGGUGGCCAUUUGGAAGAUUUAAUUGUUCGCCAUUUUCAGCCUUACAAGUUAUUAUCGUUCAAAGAAAAAGUGGAAUUGGAACGACGUAAACGUAAAAAUCAUGCAUUACAUAACCAAUUAAAGGAUGAAAAUAUACAUCCAUGGUUGUCAGAUUUCGAAAUUUGGAAAUUCUUUAAAGAUGUCGCUAAUGGAGUAUAUUAUUUGCAUCUGCAUGGAAUUCUACAUCGAGAUUUAAAACCCUCUAAUUGUUUGUUAGAUAUUCAAUACAAGGGCUCUUCAUCAGGCAACAGUUUCAAAUCAGUUGAAGAGUUUGACCUUGCGCAAAGCAGGCUACCGCGGGUAUUAGUCUCAGAUUUUGGUGAAGGAAAAUUUAUCAAUAAGCAUAUUAAUGCUUUUCCGUCAGGUGAAGUAUACAAUGAGGAGAGACGUGGUAAUACUGGCACUUUGGAAUUCACUGCACCUGAGCUCUGGUUCUUCACAGGAUUCGAUCCCUCGAUAUCAAAUUCAAAAAAAUACGUUAACGAGUUUACAUUUGAUAGUGAUAUAUAUUCUUUGGGCCUCAUUCUAUGCUGGUUAUGCGUAGGAAAUUUGCCUUUUUCUGAGUUUAUUGCCAAUGAAAAGGAUCCAGAAAUUAUACGUCAGCAGAUAAGUAACUGGUAUUUUGACUUGACUCAGUUUAAGUUUCAUAGUUGGUUUCAUGCGUCAAUUUCUAGUAGAGAGGGCGCUGAAAUCUCGAAUAUUGCAGUUAUGAAUGAAUUUGAACACCUCAUAUAUGGUAUGAUCAAAGGUGGUGAUGAGCUUGAGGGUGAACGGUUAGAAAACGUACACCGUAUCCCUAUCUCAGAGGUCAUUGAUUGUUUGCGGGAUAUCAAGUGGAAGUAUUUCAUUCAAGUUUCUGAAGCUGAUACAAAAGCCUCAGAAGAACCAAUAGAUAACUUCAGUAUAUUAUCGGAGCCUUAUAUCCGAAAUUCAUAUGUCUCUAAGGACCGAUCAUCUGAUAAUAUGCAUAAUGAUGAAGCAGAUGACGAUACUUCGAUUUUAGAAAGAGAUGUUAUAGACGUGACCCACAUAGAUCGGGAAGAAGCCCAAAAAAAUGUUGCUCCACGACUCACUCGUAAACUCUUAAGGAACAGGUUCUCUAAAGAAGAUUAUAUUUCAAUGGUCGUCUAUGCUAUAUAUUUGUUGGUUACUGAUACGACAUUAAAAAGAGCUUCAUCAAACAUUAAAUUAACGUUUAAGUUAGUUUUAUUGUCCAGCUUUUACUUUGACUUGUCAUUGAACUUGCUGAAGGUUUCGAGAUCACUUCUCAUGGCUUUUAAUGGGUCGGUAAUGGUACUCUUUUAUCUCUUCAACGAGAAUAAUUUUUUGAACUAA